AUGGAUUUUGAUACACUUCCAUGCAAAGAUUUCUACAGAUUUGCUUCCAGGAAGUUUGAUCCAGAGUUGAGACAAACCACUUUUGAUGACUUGAUCAAAAAGAUACUAACAGAUGAAACUCUCUCAAAUCAUGUAAGUCUCCUUUAUGAAUUAUAAUUGCAUUAGAUUGAAUCAAUCAAACGAGUCAAAGGGAUCUACCAGCAAUGUCUGAAAAAUCCCAAAACUUUAAUCGACAUUGGGAUGUCCACAAAAGCGCAAAAUGCACAAACCCAGAUAAACGUGACGUUUCCUGUUAAGGUGGCAGAUGUUUCUGAUGACACAGGUUAUAUGAAACUCCUAUUCAGAAUGUACAAAAUAUUAUUUGAAUAUGGCAAUGAGAUUUUUAUUCAAAUUAAGGAGACUUUGGAAGCCGGAUAUCUGCAAUUUAACGUUCCUGAUAACAUCUUGGAGGACAGUGAGAAAGAAGAGAUUUGGUGAGAUUACUGCAGAAUUUUGCAAGUUUAUUAUGUUACUGUAAUUUUUGGAUUUUCAGGAAAACUUACUGUCAAUAUCAAGGAUGUGAUCCCAAAAAGAUUGAUUUUGCUUCAUUUUAUCCCUUUUCCGGAAAAUAUAAAAAAAUGAACUUGACUGAUGCUGAUCAUGAACUCAUCAACGAUGUGUUUGGUGCACGAAUAGACAUGAAAUUCAUUCGAUUUCCGGUUGCCGAUACGGUGGGGCAGAAUUAGAAAAAAGUGAUCAAUUAGUAGGUAGAAGAUCGAACAAAGCUGAUCAAUCAGCUGUUCGAAACUUGGCUUCACACCCCUCAUGUAGCACCACCAGUUCCAUGUGAAUUUUAUAUGCAGUAUACAUAUCCCUUGUACAUCAACAAACUUCUGGUCGAUUAUUACAAAAACGAUACAGUGAAAUUCCAGAAACUUCACGAUAACUUCUUCAAUUUGGCGAAUGCGAUUGUCCAAGAGGCGGAGAAUACUUUCAGAUUCAGCAAUGUCCUCAAGGAUGACAUGAAAGAGUUGACUCUGAAACAAGUUAAUGGAAGUCGAUUCGCUUUCUUUAACCAUUCCAUUUACGAAGAUAAUAAUUUCGUCGAAUGUUGCAAUUUGAUUACUGAAGUGAAUCCAGCUGCUUCAGUGUAUGUGAAUAAUCUGAGGCCACUCGCCAAAUUCAAUCAUGAAAAGCAGGAAAAGUACUGGUAUCUUCCACUAGUCAAUGUAAGCCAUUUUUAUUUAAUCUGCCACUUCCAGAACGAUGCCGCCCAUUAUGGGAAUAUCAACGGUAACUUCUUUAACUGGGGAGUGUUCAUGUUCCAUUUAUAUGACAACGACUUCCCUCCCGUGAUCACUAUGUCUGGCUCGGGCUGGGUGAUGGCUCACGAACUUGCUCAUGCGUUUGGUUUGUCAUGUUUUUAAGAGACAAUUUUCUAAGACUGGAACAACCUAGCGAUGUUAGACUCGCUUUAAACGUUCGUACUAGUCGCGCCAUAAAGUCCUGACACAUUUUGUCGCGCGUGUCGCGCGAGAAAAUUGGAGUGGCUCGCGCGAAAGUGCAUGUCGCUAGUGCAAAAACGGAGAAUUGCCGCAACGGGUCCGAAAGAAAAACAAAAAUGCACUGUGCAAAUUUCUCAGGACUUUAUGUAUGUCGCGACUAGUAUAUCAAAAGUUUAAAUUUAGCCAAAAUGACGAAAAUGACGCAAUUUGACGUCAAAUUGACGUCAGAUUGAAAAAAAACAGUCAAAUUAACAACCCUACUAACAAUAAACAGGGUAUUCGUCUAGCCUGUUAAUUAGUCCGUCAUCAUGACAUAUUUUUCAAAAAUAAUUUACAGAGUGCCUCAAGAUUUUAAAGCAAAAAAUGGUAUUGUAAAAUUCCAGCCGAUUAAAAUUCUGGCGAAUCGUAGCUUUAAAAAAAAUUAAGCUUGCCGGUUUUUUGCCAAAAAGCUUCGUUAAGAAUAUUGGAGGUCGCCUCAGGCGCUUUUCGACAACGUUUGAACUCGUACAAGAAAUUGCCCAUAAAGUAGCCUUUCUAAAGUCAUUGAAAACACUAAAAAACGAAAUUUCAUUUGCGUCAGCCUAAUACGAAACGCCGUCUUACAAAAAUCGUUCCUUAAAUACAUAUUUUUAAUCGCUAAUCGAAUCUUAGGUACCCAACUUCGAAAGACUUCCGAGGAUUACGCGGCUCUUCUGGGAUGUCUAAUAGAGUUCUAUGCCGAUCAGUGCUUCCCCAUUGAUCCAACUUUUUGUGUAGAUCCAAUGGAUACCAUGGAAGAGAACUUUGCUGAUGUUUUAGGUAGGAAAACUUCUGAAUGUGUUCUAUUGUAGGUGCAAAAUGGGCUUACUUGGCUUACAAAAAGUGGGCCUCAGUGGUUGGGACUGGAGAACGACCACGCGGGGAGUAUUUAGACACCAUUUCGGACGACCAGCUCUUCUUCAUCAACAUGGUCCAGUCCAUGGUCGAUCUCCCAGGAUGGAGUUUGUACUAUCCCGGCGCUCAACAUGCCCCCAGGCCAGUCCGAGUCUGGGGAGCCUUGGCCAAUCUCCCAUCUUUUGCCAGUGCCUUUACUUGUGAACCUGGGGAUGUUUACAAUCCUGGCUUUCGAUGCUCGCUCUUUGAUGGUCCUAUUAAGGUCAACAAGAACUUAACCGAUCCUCAAUAA